AUGACACGUCAUCAACUCAUCUUUCAUGAUGAUGUUUUGGGCUCGAAAUUAGAACACGAGUUGCUUCGUAAUCCUCCCUACGAGCUAACUUUGACAAUCGAAGAACUUACCAAGCCUUCGGAUAAAAAAAGGUGCAAGAAGGAUUCGCUCGAGCUAAAGGUUCCAAGACCACCCAAUGGAUAUAUUCUUUAUCGAAAAGAUUUUGGCGCAAAGAUUAAACUUACUCAACCAAACCUGAAGGUUCAGGAUAUAUCCAAAAUGUCUUCGGAACAUUGGAAGAAAGAAGACACCAUGGUCAAAUUGUUUUUCAAGAUUUUGGCCGAAAUACAGGGAGAAAAUCACAACAAGCAAUACCCCGGUUAUAAAUAUAAUCCCAGAAGUGACCGAAGCAAUGGUAAAAGAUGUCGGUCCAAGUCAAAAAGAAAGGUUAAUCAGGAUGCCUCACUUCAGAAUUCAAAUACAACAGUCAACCUCCCUAGUCUCGCACAACCUUCUGAGAUAACAAGUCCGUUAUCGAAUCUAAUGUAUCAAUGCGUCACGGAAGUUGAUUCUACGGUCAAUGCGCAAUACAAACCUUUUUUUUCCGAUUCAUUCCCGUCGACAAGUAGAACACCGAUAGACUCGGCGUCCAAUGGUUCAUUGCCCUUUAUUUUCGAUCCAUCAAUUUACGGUUUUUAUCCAAAUCUUAUUAUCGAUGAUACUGGCGUCGUGCAGGCGCAAUCAACGUUUAAUCCGGUCGAGGUUUCAAACACGAGAAAUGAAACUUUUUAUAAUCCUAUCGACGUGUGUCCUCCGGACAGUAAUGUAAACAUGAAUCCCACAUACCUUGAAUCCUUACAAUACGCUUUUUCGACUCCAGACACCUUCGAGACUGACAUGUCUUGUAAUUUUGACUUGCACGGAAGCGAUUGGCCGAUGAAUAAUUAG